AUGCCUGAUCCUUUUGCUCCCUACCUCGCUCAACACGCCAACCCCUCUGGUCCGGGUGACCACCGUCCUACAGCUCUCCAAAUUAUUAAAGAUGACGAUGCCUGGCUUGACAAAGUCGCUCUUGUCACUGGCGGCACCUCAGGAAUUGGUAUUGAGACUGUGAGGGCACUCCAUGCCACCGGUGCCAAUACCUUCUUCACAGCACGGGAUGAGAAAAAGGCUGAUGCCGUAAUCAAGGAUGUCAAAUCCACAAGCCCUGGGAAGGGAUCUGUCCAAGUCAUCAAGAUGAGUAUGGAUUCCUUGGAGUCAGUCAAAGCCGCGGCCAAAAAGUUCUUGGGAGAGAGUGGAGGGAAGUUGAAUAUCUUAGUCAAUAAUGCAGGCAUCAUGGCAACUCCCGAGAGUAAAACCGUCGAUGGGUUCGAAAGACAAUUCGGAGUCAAUCACCUCGCACACUUUGCUCUAACAGGACUGCUUCUCCCGGCUCUUAUCUCCAGCAGUAGACCCGAUUUUAAUUCCCGGGUUGUCAGCGUCUCGUCUUCAUCUCAUCGGUACAGUGGCAUUCACUGGGACAAUGUCAACUUGAUGGGCUGUUACGACCCAUACGUGGCGUAUGGCCAAUCCAAGACCGCCAAUAUCUGGAAGGCCAACUACAUUGACCGGGUCUAUGGUCCCAAAGGAGUCCAUGCACUCAGUCUACAUCCCGGAGGCAUCUGGACUGGAUUGCAGCAGUAUGCGAGACCAGAGCAAUUGGCUCAGUGGAAGGCAGAUCCAGAGGUCACUGGGGUGAUGAAGAGUCCGGAGCAGGGCGCCGCGACGUCUAUCUGGGCCGCUUGCGUAUCAUAG